AUGGACAUAAAGGUUUGCUAGUGGUAUAGUAGCUUGUCAAAAAAUCUUCAAAUAAAACCUGGAAUUUACUUGGUAGAUAACAAUGACUAAAAAAUAAUUAUAAAUGAAGAUACAAAACAAUAUGAGAUCCAGAAUAAAUUGCAACAAAUUAAGAGCAUAUUUACUGAUGUUACAUAAAUAAAUUCAGCAGAUCAAAUAGAGGCAUUCAUAAACAUUUUAAAAUUUCUUACUGCAUUUUCCUAAAAUGUAGAAGAAAUGAAAAUAAUUUUGUGGAAUAACAAUCUCCUCCAUCAAAGAAAUGGCCACUAUUUACAUAAUUUGAUUAGCAGCUCAACAAAUUUAAAAAGCUUAAUACUAGAUUUAGGGAAUAACCUGUUGAGUGAUUAAGGAAUUUCCUAAAUAUUUCAAUUUUAAUAAUAACCCUUACAUAAUUUAACAAGUUUGAAUUUAAGUGUAAGUUUUAACAAAAUAACAGAUUAUUCACUAGAAGAUGUUCUAUCAUUUGUUACUAAUCUUCCUAAUAUUAGAUAUUUGAAGUUUGACAUUAUGAAUAAUUAGGUUAGUGUUAAUGGUUUAGUUAAAAUAAUUGAAUCUUUUAAUUUGCUUAAAAACCUAUGCACACUAGAUUUAAAUAUUAUGUAAAAUUAAAAAAUAGAAGAAAACUAUCAAUAUUUAUAUUAGCUAGGAAAGCAUCUAUCAAACUUGUAAAACGUGACCACAAUAAUACUUCAUUUGCACUGUCCUGAUGAUGACUUUAUAUCAGCUGUCUAAAUGAUGAAAGAAGAAAUUUAGUUAAUUGAAUAAUUAAAAGACUCUAAAUAUUUAAGAAAAUUAGAAAUACUAAACUUUAACGUGGAAUUAGAUAGUUCUUGCAAAUCCAUAAUAAAUUAAAUGGCUUCUUAAUUAAUGAAUAUAGAUUUACUACUAGAAUAAAGAAUAGACACAGGAAUGGAUAUAUUUUAAGAAUUUGAAAUAAUAGACAAAAUGUUAAGAUACAAGUAUAUAAAAUUAAUUGAAAUAAUUAUAUUUCACAAAAAAAUAAAACCUUAUCUAACAUUUAAUCCUCUUUUUAUUUAUUUAGAUUUGUAUUUAUGA